AUGCCGCCAUCGCUUACAAACACGAAUCGACGCCUUAUGUAUCAACCACUUCAGAUCCGCCGAUCUCCUUCCGUCGAUUCAAAAACGAGAACCGUUCACCCUUCUGCAAACACCAUCUCCGCGGGCCACCAACUAGGCUUCACAAAAAGGUCCAGUCACCAUGAAUCCCACCGCCAUGCAGAAGCAGUCCCGCCGGCCAAGCCGCGGUCCAGAACUGUUGUCAGCCUUUCCAUGGUGGUCUGCACCAAGAUCCACAAAACUACAAAUCAACAAAUAUCUUUCAAUGCGAUUACACACUUCCCCGCCGAGUUUGUUCAGUUAAGGUAUGCAUUUUCUUUUGAUUAUAUUUACUAA